ACAAUUCUCUCCUGUAAAAAAGAACUGGCAAAAACUGCCUCAACAACAAGGAGAACUCAGCCUUUCAGUUUCUGGAUUUGUUGUGUUUUAUCUCUUCUUCUUUUAAGCCUCAAAGUUCGUUAUCAUCAUCAUCAUUAUCAAGUUUCCCCUAUUGAUUGAUUCUUGUACCUUUCAAUUCCGACGCAAUCGUCUUGAUCUUGUUGAGAUCAGAGAUGGAAGUUUCCGGCGUCGUUCUCCGUCAAGUUCCGUGUGUUUCAGGUUCCGUUGCCGAUGGCCGUUACUCCGGUCUCCGGUUAGUAUCUGUNGGUUAGACGAGAACGGUCUCGUUUAGAGCCAGGAAGCUUCGUGGGGUUGUUUGUAACAACGAGUUUGCGGAUAAAGGGCAUGUGAAUUACUAUAUAGAGCCAACGAGAUGCGGCGAAGCGAAGGAGAAGGUUAAGGUUAUGGAGAAGGAGAAGAAAGCCUUGAAGAAGAAGGCCAAGAUUCUUAAAAGUCUUUCUAAGAACUUGGAUAUGUUCUCUAGUAUAGGGUUUGGUCUUGUUCCUGAGGCUGGUUUGGUUGGUGAGAUUCAAACCAAGACAAUCUCGGAAGCAACCGAGAUAUUGGUUAAGCAGCUUGAACAGUUGAAAGCAGAGGAGAAGCUAUUGAAGAAACAGAGGAAAGAAGAAAAGGCUAAAGCCAAAGCUUUGAAGAAGAUGACUGAAAUGGACUCUGAAUCAUCUUCCUCGUCUGAAUCAAGUGACAGUGAUUGUGACAAAGGCAAAGUUGUUGACAUGAGCUCUUUGAGAAACAAGGCUAAACCGAUUCUUGAGCCGUUGCAACCAGAAGCCACACUAGUAACAACCCUUCCGAGAAUUCAAGAAGAUGCACAAUCUUGCAAGGACACCAGUGAAGCAUUGCAGAUUGCUUUGCAAACAUCCACGGUCUUUCCUUCAAUGGCCAAUCCUGGACAGACAAUGAAGAAAGUAGAAGCGGUUCCAGUGGUUGGAUUGCCAUUGAAGAGAGUAGAAGUGUGUAUGGGAGGGAAGUGUAAGAAAUUAGGAGGAGCUGUGUUGUUGGAUGAGUUUCAAAAGGCUAUGACGGGUUUUCAAGGUUCCGCUGUGGCUUGCAAGUGCAUGGGGAAGUGUCGUGAUGGUCCAAACGUUAGAGUAGUGAACGAGACUGAUGCUGUGAUGACUGAUUCAGUUAUGACGCCGUCCAAGACCGUUUGUUUAGGAGUUGGGUUGCAGGAUGUGGAAACUAUUGUGACAAGUUUCUUUGAUGAAGAAUGUAGCAGAGAGAACUCGGUUGUCUCAUUUUGAAAGUGUUUAAUAUCACUUAAGUUAUAUAUAUAGAGUCUGGUGCUUUCUCAUUGUACAUAUCUUAUCUUUUGAAUAUAGAGUGUGGUGCUUUCUCAUUGUACAUAUCUAUCUGCUGAAUAAAUCUGUUGCAAUAA